AUGGACCAUGUCUCCCGCGCGUCGACCUCGAGCCCACGGGCGAUGGCAUCGGCAAGCGGCUCGGCUUCUCCGCGAAAUGAAAACGGACUAGCGAGAGACGAGGCGGAAAAUGCAGACAAUGAGUUCGAAUACGCACCAGAACACGCGCGAGAGGAUGCCAUGGAUGAAGACCCUCCACAGGCCGAAGAUGCCACCCCUCCCAUGAACUUGUUUGGCGCGCUUGAGAAGCAAGCCCGACAGGGCGAUAUCCACGACUCCCCCCUUCACACUGCAUCCCAUGAAACCAGCGAGACUCAGCCGAGGACCCCGGAUGUGGACGCAGAAUCUGCCCAUAGUCUGUUCAACAACCCACCGAACCUGUCGAGGAUUCGCAGGGUCUUGUUCGAGUGCAGAGACCCGAUCGAAAUCAGCCUCGAGGAGUUUGAGACAUACUGGCCGUUUAUUGAUAAUGUAUGGGUCAAGCAAAGGUCAAAUGCGAGUAAGGAAGGCCAUUGUACCACGGACUAUUACAUGUGUCGGUUACGACGUCCAACACAUCGCACAUCCGAUUCGCGUCCCCUACCGGAGGGAAAGCGUCCUCGCAAGAAACGUGUACGAGAAGGAGGAAUGUGCAAUUUUCAAAUCAAAGUUGUCCGGUUUGAAGGCGCGUACUCGACGGUCACGAUUGCGAGAACUCCUGGAAGCAGCAGUGUUCAUUCUCAUGACCUCGACUACAUUGACCGCGUGAAGCGCAACUCGGGACUCAUGGAAUCUGCAAGGAAGGAAUCCGUGAAGGGUUAUUUACCCUCUUCGAUCUUCACGAAGUUCCAAGAGGAUCCGGAGAAGCUUCAUGAAGCGGGAGGUCGGUUCCUCACCGUGACAGACGUGCGGAACGUCUCUGCCAAGUGGCGCAUACAAAACCCCGAGGUUAAGCUUGUUCCUCAUGAAGGCUACGAAUACCAGAAAGGGUAUGGGAUUGUGAAGUCCCAGAAUGCCGACGGUACCAAUGACGCCGCACAGCAAAAGCCCGUUCAGUCGGGGUCAUCACCUCUGCUCCCACCGGAUACUCUAUCUUUUCCUCAGUUUCCCCUCGAUUUCCUACAGCCGUAUCUUCCCAAUCACUCCGAGCGGCGCGAGUUUCCCCAUGUCACGUUAUCCUAUGCCUCUUCGAUGGACUCGAAAAUAUCGCUGUGCCCGGGGAUGCAGACGGUCUUGUCUGGACCCGAGGCAAAAUUGAUGACCCAUUAUCUCCGUUCCCGCCACGACGCAAUUCUAAUUGGCGUUGGAACCGUUCUCGCAGAUAACCCCGGACUGAACUGCCGCCUCGAAGGAGCUGGUGGGUUUGGCGGGUUGGGAAGAAUGUGGCAGCCACGCCCGGUGGUUGUUGACCCUAUGGGCCGUUGGCCCAUUCAUCCAGAGUGUCGAAUGCUUCGAACAGCCGUUGAAGGCAAAGGAAAAGCCCCGUGGGUCGUGGUGUCACCUGGGGCUCAGAUCAACCCGCAGAGGCUGAUGAUGCUCAAAGGCUACGGCGGAGACUUUUUACGGAUUGUGGAAUAUAACCAGCACUGGCGCCUACGGUGGGAGGGCGUUCUUCGAGCCUUGGCCUCCGAGGGUAUCAAGAGCGUCAUGAUUGAAGGAGGUGGCACCGUUCUGAGUGAACUGCUCAAUCCGGAGUAUACAAACUUCAUCGACUCCAUCAUCGUGACCGUGGCCCCGACGUAUCUCGGUCGUGGGGGCGUCGGCGUCAGCCCCGACUCCAAACUCGACCAAGAGGGCAAACCGAAUGCGGCGUUGAAUCCACGCGAUGUCAAGUGGACGCCGUUAGGACAGAACGUCAUCAUGUGCGGCAAGAUCCGCGCACAAGAUACCCCGUGA